AAACCUUUUGAGGUCUUCAGGACCAGCAAGAGCAGGAGGCUCCAGCCACUCGCAGUAAAGACGCUGACAUCAGAGGAGAUCUACAGGAGCCUCAGGCUCACUGGAGCAAAAAACCCGACACUUUACAUCCGACUGAAGACAGGAAAUGAGGAUGACAUCACCACUGAUUCUUCGUCCAUGAACGCUCUGGUGAAAGAAAGUAAUGAAGCUGGACUCAGCACAAGGUUAUCGUCUCCCAGAGAUUCGUCUGCGAGGAGGAAGCCUGGCAGACCAAGCCUUUUUGGAAAGCCUAAUCACCACCUCCUCAGAGUCUGCAUACUGGAGGAUUCCCAGUCAGAUGUUCUUUCAAACAAUGUGUUUCAAAAAUGUCCGGUUCAGGUGCUGCGGUGUCCUCGGGGCCUACAGGAGGUGGACUUCCUGGAUUUCCUGAGGUCCACCUUCCCUCAGCUGGCAGGAAACAAACCUUUUGAGGUCUUCAGGACCAGCAAGAGCAGGAGGCUCCAGCCACUCGAAGUAAAGACGCUGACAUCAGAGGAGAUCUACAGGAGCCUCAGGCUCACUGGAGCAAAAAACCCGACACUUUACAUCCGACUGAAGACAGGAGGUGAGGAGGAGCAACACCUUUUACAGAGAAACCACAACGGCACCACUGAUUCUUCGUCCACAAACGCUGUGGGGAAAGAAAGUAAUAAAGCUAGGCUCAGCUCAAGCUGCCCUGUUCAACAUGUGGAAGGUGACAAAGUGGAUGUUCAGUCCAGCAGAUCAACAUCACAACAACAGGACAUGGAAACAGAGAAAGCUGAUGAUGAAGAUGCUGCUGAGAGCCAAGUGGACUCCAGUGAUGACGAAGACAAAGAUGGAGAUGAGGUGUUCGACGGAGACGACGACUGGAAACCAGAUCCUGAGCUGCAGUCGCCAAAGAAGAGGAGGAAGAAAGAGUCUAAAUUGUCUGGUGUGAAGGGGCAGUUGAUUGGGAGCAGUAAAACACCUUGUGUCUGUGUCUGUGGAGUUCGUUACAGGAACAUGGGCAGUUUGAUCAAUCACGCCUGGAGUCACGUAGAGGAUCCACUGCUUGUUUGUGGAGUGUGUGGAGAGCAGUUUGAAUCUGUGGAAGAGUUAAAGGGACAUUUCAGAAAUGAUCAUAAAACUCACGACUGUUCAUAUUGUGGGAAAUCUUUCCUCACCAUCAGUAGCCUCAACUCCCACACCACUCUACACACAGGAGACAGACCGUUUAAAUGUGACGUUUGCCACAAAACCUUUGCUAAGUUUUCCAACUUGAGUGUUCACCGUUGGGUCCACGUGGCUGAUAAACCACACAAGUGUGAUAUUUGCCCGAAGGCAUUUGGUCUAAAGACACAGCUCAAAGCUCACAUCAAGGUACACACAGGUAGAGACAAGUACCACUGCAAUGUUUGUGGUAAAUCUUUGGCUGACCUGCGAUCUUUGACUCGCCACAAGACGACCCACUCAGGGGAGAGAUGUUACGGCUGUGAGGUUUGUGGGAAGCGUUUCAAACUUCCUGGUGGGUUGAAGUCACACGAAAAGAUCCACACCUCGAGAGACCGGCCGUACCUCUGCCACAUCUGCUGCAAGACGUUUGUGGAAAAGAGCAGUUUAAAAACUCACAUGCUAACGCACAGCAAUGAGAGGCCGUUCAUCUGCAGCAUAUGUAGCAAAGGCUUCGUAUCCAACGCAAGGCUGAACCUGCACAUGCGUGUGCACACUGGCGAGGCGCCGUACAGCUGCUCAGAGUGCGGCCGCUGUUUUAAAUAUAAGUCCCACCUGAACAACCAUGUGAGGACCCACCUGGGCAUCAAGCGGUUUGUCUGUGGGGUUUGUGGGAAAGCGUGCUCUCGCCAAGAACACCUGAAGGUCCACAUGAGGUUCCACAACGGAGAGAAACCUUACCAGUGCAGCGUCUGCGACAAAGCUUUCACUCAGAGCCACUGUCUGAAAACACACAUGAAGAUCCACCAGGGGGAAGAAAACCUGUUCCUGAACGCAUCCACGUCCUAAAAGACUCCUUUUAUCAGCCUGUUCUGUCUGAAACGUGGUGGUGGGGGUUGUUUUAAUGGCGCUGAAAACCACAUCUAUCCUUCAUUCUUUUGUGAUACUGACGGAAAUGUGUCCACAACACAGAGAUAACGUCUGCUCAGUUUUGUAAACUUCUUUUCUCUUCUUUAAACACACAGUUGCUGAUAUUUUUUCCAGUUUUAUUCAGACUAGGGCUGCAUGAUAUUAAAAAAAUGUGAUACACCACAA